UUGAUGCUGAGCUUUCGAUGUAUAACAAUGCAGAUGGGUUCUUUGGAAACUAUAUGGCUAUUAGAAAGAGAGCUAAGAAAUCACCAGGUACACAUAUAUAUAUUACAUUAUAUAUAUAAUCAUUCUAGAUAAUAGAUAAUAACUAACCCAUGAAUUUUAUUGGACAGCUGAAUGGUGGGCUUCAUAUGGAAUGUCAACACCCACGUUGCAAAAAUUUUCAAUUAAAAUUCUUAGCUUGACUUGUAGUUCAUCUGGGUGUGAACGUAAUUGGAGUGUAUUUGAAAAUCUUCAUACUAAACGGAGAAACAGGCUUAAUCAACUUCGUUUAAACGACUUGGUGUUUGUGAAAUACAAUAGAGCAUUGAGGCAUCGGUAUCAAAUGCGUGAUACCAUUGACCCUAUCAUAUUGACCGACAUUGAUGAAAACAAUGAAUGGUUGACCAAAAAACUUGAUGAGGAGAAUGAUAAAGAUGAUGAAACUGUUUUUCCAAAUGACGUUGGGGAUGGGUUGACAUGGAAUAAUGUUGUUGCGGCUGCAGGAGUUGGAGAGCCUAGUUAUCAAUUUAGAACUAAACAAACUCGAUCACAAUUGGGAUCAACUUUGGCUUCGACUUCAAAGCGACAAGUAACUCAAGAGAUUGAAGGGGAGGAGGAAAGUGAGGCAGGGACCGAAGAUGAUGAAGACUUGGAAGAGGGAGAAGAAUUGAGAGAUGAAGAAGAAGAUGAAGGGGUGAUUGAAGGGGAUGAUGAAGAUAUUGACCUUGAUGUUGAUGAUCUCCUUGAUGAUGAUUGAUUAAAAAACUUCUUUAUAUUGAUUGUGGACUUGUAGUGUUUAUGUGUUUGUUUAGAACUUUGAAUUAUAAUUGGUACUUGGUAAAGUUUGAAACUUUAAGUUUGAACUUUGAUGAUAUUUCUAGUUUAGAAUUUGCAUGAUGAAUGAAUUAACUUUGAUGUUGUUAGUUUAUAGAAUUUGAAGAUAAUGAAUCAUGAAUGAUAUGAAUGUGUUAUUAUUGAUAAUUUGAUAGUUGUUUAUGAUUUUACAAGAUUUUGAGUUUUUUUUUUUC